UGCCGGUUUCUUGAAUUGCAACGAAUGAAUGCUGAUGACACUAAGCCACAGAUUUAAUUGGGAAAUGGUCGCAGAUAAUUAAUCACUCCAACAACAGCUAAACAAAGCCAAGGCACUUGAAACGAGUGACAGCAGGAAAUGGUAUCGUCACAUCGCCGAUUACGGAGAAAACCCCAGAAAGUGGAGGAGAAUCUGACAAGACGUAAUUACUAUGACCCGCUGUAUAGCGCCUCGGCAACAGCCACAUCUACAUCCACUGCAAAAUCGGCAACACUGCCGAGUGGCACAGCAAUAAAAACAACGAUUGGCAUCAACAGCACCAGCCCGGCCAUAGAGCCAAUUAAAGCCAUGGAUUAUUCGGAGGCUUUAUUUGAUUUUAAUUUGAGCAAGGCGACAAAUGACACCGCCACUCAUUUGAAUCAUCAACUCUUCGAGUUGAAUAACCUCUCGCAUAGCAUGGGCGGAGGAAGUGGCACCGGCAGCAGCAGCAGCAGCAGCGAGAGUAGCGCUGGCAAUCACCUAACCUAUGGCUUUGAUGUUAACUCCACCAUCGUGCAGGUUCUAGUCGAUGCCAAUGACAGUUCAUCUUUGAGUCCUGCAACGCUUCUAACCUCAUCGUCCUCUUCACUGUCAUCAGCCUCAAUGCUGUCAGCGGAUGUCACAGCCAUGCCAAUAUUGUCCGAUUCCAAUGGCGGUCUAGUUAUGGACACAUUACUGGGCUCCGUUAUGACCACUGCCACCGCCACCGUUACAUCGGCUGCCGCCAACUAUCCGCUGGACAGCCUCUAUGAAACGACCACCGCCAUGGCCACGAUUUCGUCAACAAUGAAAAGCUCCAGCAAUGAGUCGGCCUAUUGGGAAUUGGAGGCGUCGGAUUUCGAUUUCCUGUACCGCCAUUCCCUGACCAUGACCAUUGUCUAUUGCAUUGCCUAUGUGAUUGUGUUCCUUGUGGGCCUGGUGGGCAACAGCUUCGUCAUAGCCGUUGUCCUGCGCAUGAGGAAUAUGCGCACAGUGACGAACUAUUUCAUUGUUAAUCUGGCGAUAGCCGAUAUUCUGGUCAUAGUCUUUUGUCUGCCGGCGACAUUGAUGAGCAACAUAUUUGUACCUUGGAUCCUGGGCUGGCUUAUGUGCAAGACGGUACCUUACAUACAGGGUGUGUCGGUGGCAGCAUCCGUUUACAGUCUCAUAGCUGUGUCGUUGGAUAGAUUCAUUGCCAUCUGGUGGCCUCUGCGCCAAUUGUCAAAGAGCCGUGCCCGCUUCAUGAUUUUGUGCAUUUGGAUCAUUGCAUUUGGCACCACCAUACCGUGGGCCCUCUACUUCGAUCUGGUGCCCGCGACCGAGGCAUUCCCAGCUGCGCCGGACAUGUAUCUGUGUCAAGAGGUCUGGCCACCGGGCACCAGUGGCAAUUUGUAUUUCCUGCUGGCCCAUCUGAUGGCCUGCUAUGUCGUGCCGAUGGUGUUGAUAACCUUGUGCUAUGUCCUAAUCUGGAUAAAGGUGUCAACGCGCUCCAUACCUGGCGAUACCAAGGAUGCCCAAAUGGAUCGAAUGCAGCAAAAGUCCAAAGUGAAGGUCAUCAAAAUGUUGGUGGCCGUGGUCAUUUUGUUUGUGUUGUCGUGGCUGCCGCUUUAUGUAAUAUUUGCUCGCAUCAAAUUUGGCGGUGAGAUUUCCAUGGAGGAAAGUGAAAUCUUGAACAAGGUUACCCCGUUCGCUCAGUGGCUGGGUUCAUCCAAUUCGUGCAUCAAUCCAAUACUCUAUGCAUUCUUCAACAAAAAAUACCGACGUGGUUUCGCUGCCAUUAUUAAGUCACGGUCCUGUUGCGGUCGUUUAAGAUACUACGAGAAUGUGGCCAUUGCAUCGUCCACCACCAGUACCAGCCGCCGCAAGUCAUCCCAUUAUCACAAUGGAUCACGCAAAAGUCCCAGCAGUCCCGGUCUGCGAAAGACCAAUGCCGUGUCCUACAUCUAUGAACAUAACUCGUUGCGGCGCCAUAACUUGAUGUGCAAACAGGAUAGCAAUUUAUCGCAACAGAUGCUCUUGAAGCAGGACUCGCAUGGCUCGCGACAAUAUUUGGUCAAACAGGAGAGUGCCUCCAGUGAUGGCUCUCGCCGGCUGUUGUGUCAACAGGACAGCAAUGGCUCAAAGGUCUCGCUAUCGAAACAAGAUUCUGUGGUGUCCUACUAUCUGGAGAACAAACGUGCUGGUCACAAUCUCCAAGAUUCAUUUGCUGCCCAGGAUUCCAUGUCUGUUGAAUCACGUCGCAACACAAUGUCACGUACGAAUGACAAUGGCAUCGCUUCGCCGGCAGUCGGUUCGCUGUUGGAGCACAAGAGACAGAAGUUCGUGAAACAAGAUUCGGUUAUAUCGUUUGUGGAUCAGAGACCAGAACCCCGUCGUCAUCAAUUGGUUAAACAAGAUUCCGUUAUAUCUUUUGCCGAUCAACGUCGUGGUCUGUUGAAUAAACAGGAUUCCAUUAUUGGAUGCUCUAGCCGGUCUGGAGAUGGUACUGGUCAUCAUGUUUCGAUUCUGAAGAAAACCGAUUCACAGCUUAGCAGCGGUAGUUUUAGCUCGCCCAGGCGUAACAUUGAAAUCUACGAAUAAAUAAAUCUCUCGAAAAUACGCUAAACGGUGUAGUACGGACAUCAUCUAAGCAAAACGUGCUUACAACAAACCAAAGAAAAUCUACGAAACCAAAAAAGAAGAAUAAGAAAAAACACAACAAAACCAAAAAUAACAAAGCAUAGAUGAUAGCACACGUUAACACAGAGUUAAGAGAAAAAAUAAGCACACCAACAUAUCCUUUACAAGUCAGGCAAUAACACAAAAGAAAAAAAAAAAACAGAGACAGACAGACAGUUAUGAUAUUGAGUAACGAAACAGAUACAUUUGAAUAUGUGAAGAGAUGAAGAGAAAAAAAAAACAAAACAAUCAAAUUGUACGUUUUUUUAUUAAAAUACGAUUUCAAAACAAAUACAUUUUUAAACAUAAAGUGAUAUUUUUAAUACAAUAAAGUGAAUGUUAAAUACUCUGAGUUUUAGAAUGACUUUUGCGUUCUGUCUAAUUUCCUAUUCCUAUUCAGUUUUGAUAGAUGUCAGAGUGUGCGUGUUCAGGGAAAUGAAAGUGUUUUUAAGCAAGAUAAUUGUGAAACAAAAAUAAAAACAAAUAAAUUUAACACUGGCCUAGACCGUAAAUUGAAAAAUAAAAAUAAAACAAAAAACCGAAGAAAAAAACAUACUUACAUACAUACAUACAAAUUAAUGUUAACUGUUUGCUAGAUUUUUAUUAUUUAUUUUAUACUGAAAACACAACAAAAACAACAAGAAAACAAACCGAAUCAGCUUUUUAUAUGAAAGUGUUUAGACGAGACAAAUUACAAGUUUCGAUGGAAACAGAGGAGGAAAUAUUUUUUAGGAAAAUGAUAGAUUAAAAGAUUUUAGUUUUACAAAGCCAUUAGCCGGAGACCAAUGAGCAAAUUGUUAAGUUUAUUUUUAAAUCUUUUGAUUGAUAACAUCUUUGGAAAGUGAAUUGAUAAUUUCGGUUUCUUUGAUAUUAGACAUGGCAAAUGCAGUAGAGAGAGGAAGAGAGAGAUUUAUUAAGAGAUCAAAUCCUAUUUAAGUUUUACUUACAAAAUGACAUUAUUUUUGCUUUGUGGUCUUUGAAAGAGGGAGAGAGAGAGAGAAAUAGAAAGAGAGAGUUAUUAAGAAAUAAAAUCCCAUUUAAAUUUUUCUUAGGAAAUAUCUUUCAUUUCUGCUUUAUGGUCUUUGAGAAUGCGCUUUGUGACCAGAUAUUUUGUAGGCAGGUGCUGGUAUACACCCAAUUCUACUGACAGAGAAAAAUCCCUCCCUCCUUUCGGGUAAUGGAUAUAAAAAUAAAGUACCUUUAUUUGAAACCAAAUAAAAAUAUUAAUAUACAAUAUUAAUGACUAAAUAGAGUUAUAAACCAUACAACAAAAACAAAUUAUUGCAAAUGAAAAACAAAAUAACAACUAAAC